AAGUUAUAACAAGUUGUUUUUUAUAUCUAUUAAAGAUCCUACAGUCAAUUAUGGAGCGUUGGGUCGGCAAGACUGCGGUGGUGACGGGCGCGAGCGCGGGCAUCGGGGCUGCGGUCUGCGUCCGGCUUGCCAACGAGGGGCUGCGCGUGGUGGGGCUCGCCAGGAGGGAAGGACUAGUUCAGAAACUGCAAGCCGACGUGACCGGUGCCGGCAAGAUCUACGCCGUGCGGUGCGACGUGGGUAAGCCGGGGGAGAUCGCGGCGGCGUUCGAGCGCGUGGAGACCGAGCACGGCGGCGUGGACAUGCUCGUCAACAAUGCGGCGUUGUUGCUCAGCGGGCAUAUCACCGAGGCCACCAGUAACAGUAACCCGCUACAAAAUUCACAAGUCCAGCAAAUUAUUGACGUAAACAUCACCGGCUAUGUACUGUGCUCACGCUACGCCGUCGCCUCCAUGAAGAAACGAGGAGUGGAAGGACACAUUAUUCAUGUCAACAGCGUAGCAGGGCACUACGUCCCAUCCAUACCAUUGGCCAACUUAUACCCGAUGACCAAACACGCUAUCACCGCCUUCUGCACCGCGCUGAACGACGAACUGGCACAUGCAAAGGCCCGGAUUAAGACCACAAGUCUCUCCCCUGGCCUGGUGGAUACGGAUAUGGGCCGCCUGGUGAGAGAGGACAUCGGCCCCAUAGCCGACCAGGCGUACUCUACCACGCCUAAACUGCGCACGCAAGAUGUCGUCGAUGCCUUGAUUUAUGCUGUGUCUUCGCCUCCCAACGUCAAUAUAUUGGAGUUGACUAUCAGCCCUCUCCAUGAGAUAAGGUACUAAACAAUAAACGAAGAACAAUGAAACAGCGGCUGGCUUAAAACCAUAUUGCAUCAAAGUGGAACAAAAUAUUUUAUUUUUAUUUUAUUUAUUAGGAAAACUUACAGCUUGAGUAACAAGUUAGGUAAUAACAUAGAAACAGUAAGCCAAUUACAAGUUUCCAUAGGUAGAAACUGUAUAAAGUAUAUAGUGUGCGAACUUACAAAUUUAAUAAAUAAUACUUACUUACAAUUAUAUUUUGCUUAUCAUGCUUAACAUGGAGAAUAGAUUUACACAGUGGAUGAGAAGAACAAAAGAGAAAUACUAAUAAUUAAAACAAAAAGACAGAAGUAGGUACAUAAGUGUUAACAGUGGGAGAAGUCUUGGCUCAUUAGUUUGCGUAUAUAACUAAAGCUAUCACAGAACAGAUCGAUGAAAUCAUGAUGUUUGCAAAGCUGAUUGAAAGACCUAUAGUAGUAUACCGUAUAAUGGACGUGGAACCGGUAAUGGGACAAAAAAACACAAAUACUCUAAAAUAAGUAUCUAAAAGUAGUUUAUAAACACUGGCUAUAUUUUAUCAUAAAUAAGAGUCCUAGAGCUGUUUCAGUUUGCAUUUUUAUUAAAUUCGGUCACUUUUUAAGAAAUUGGCGUCAAUCCAAAAGUUGUCGUGUCCCUGAAAAAAAUAGCACUAAGAAUUCUUAACAACUUCGCUAAAAGAGGCGAGUUAAUUUAUUAAAUUUUAAUUAAUUAAUACUUGAUGAAAACUAGAAUGUGUUUUGUUAAUUGCAUUUAUCAUGAGAUAAGGUAUACAACACACUAUGUUGUGACUCCACAGAUGUAAAAAAAAUAGUGGUAUUUGGCCCAAUCCCAUUAUAGGAGCUGUAAAACUGCAUACCUCCUAUAAUGGGACAAUUUACAUAAUGAUGCUUGCCAUGCCAUAAUUUCAUGUUUAAACAAUAGAGAAGUAAAAUGUAGAUUACGAAAUAUGUCAACCAGGAGGUAUGCUCGGACUUCGGAUAAAUUAAUAUCGUUUUUUCAAACUUUUAUUUAACUUGCCCUGUUAGUUAGUGUGGGUCAAAUCUUGGUAGCUGAAUUUGACCCACUUUCCGAUUUCCGAUUGAGUUGAAAUUUUGUAUACGUAAUUAAGUAUGCAAAUCGGAUGAUAAUGCAAUAUAAUGAUAACAUGGACCUGAUCUGAUGAUAGAGACAGGAGGUGGCCAUGGGAACUCUGCGAUAAACGCUAACUAAUUGUGUUUGGGUAUAUUAGAAUUGUCUCGAUGGGUCUAAACAAUAAUAAUUGUCGGUGGAAAGAAAAAUACAUUCAGCGAUAAAAGCUUAUACCAAAAAUUGAUUUUUUUGCUAUAACUUAUUCCCUAUUUCAAUAUUUUAUACUGAUAGAGCAAUGUCCAUUAUAGGGGGCCCAUUAUCGGAUCCACGUCCAUGGGGUUCCAUUACUGGAGCUUUGGUGUCCGUGACUGGAGAAAAAAAACAUAGUUUUAAUUUGUUAAGUAUGUGGAAACUCCUUGCAGUAUCUUUGAUACAACACACCUGAAACAUGAAAGACGGAUGGGACAUUCAUCUUGUAACACGCUAAGCGGUAGACCAUUUACAUGUAUCAGGGAAAUAUCACAAAUACUCCAAAUUUCCUCUUAAAUGUCCCAUGACUGGUGCUGUUACCUUAGAAGCGCUUAGAAGAAAGGAGUUUUUCCUGUAUUUACUACGAACAAAGGGAAUAUGGAACGUUUUUUUGGUGCGACAAGAUAUGCGUGAGGGGACUGAGAGCAUCAAUUUUGCUAAUAGAUCAGGACAGUCUACAUAGUUCUGAGCAAUUUUCAUAAUAUAAAUUACGUCAGAUAUAUUACGCCGGAUGUAGAGAGGUAGAAG